AUGUAUAUUACAAAGUUUGCACAAGAAUGGGAUCUUUGGAUAUACCCAAGUGCAUUUGUACACAAUACUUCUGUCAUCACUGGCACAGACGGACUUAUUCCUUUCUUUCUUAUAUUUGGACGAGAACCGGUUAUGCCAACUGACGUAAUGUUAUCUCCAGUUGUUGUGAUACCACAAGACCAGAAAACUUAUGCCAAAGAAUUGCUCAUGAAACUCUCUAAAGCUCGUGAAUAUAUGGCUGCUAUCACGAAAGAACUUCGACACAAGCAGAAAGAUUACUACGAUCUAGGCCGAAAAACAACUCAAUUCCUAGUUGGUGACCUUGUUGUAGUUCGUCGGACUCAGCGCAGCGGUCAAACAGGAAUCGCAGCCAAAUGGCUACCCCGAUGGACUGGCCCAUACCGCAUUGUUGAACAAAUGCCAAAUGGUGACAAUUAUCGAUUGGAACAUGUCGAAACUGCGAAAAUACUCGACGCAACCAAUGUGGACAAACUGAUCAAAGUUGAACCCUGGUCAGUCAACGAAUCUAACCCCGGACAAACCAAUCUAAACGAAGAAGAGGACACCCCGACCGAAAUCUCACAAUCCCAUCGCAACCUGCAGUUUGAAAAUGGUUCGUUUAUUGUCUACGAAAAGCUUGGAGACUUUUUUGAUGACGACAUAAGAAUCAUGAUCGAAGAGCUGCAUGCUUGGUUAAAAUCACAAAAAGACUAUAAGUCGUCAACCGGAGAAGCGUGCAAAUACCUUUACACAAAAAAUCCAGAGUUCAAAAAGAUUCUUCAAAGCAUUGGUGGAAUUCGUCAGUUGCUGAUUCAUACACCGUCGAUACAGUUUGAAAUGCCUGACGCAACCGGUGGAAAAAACUCUCUGAAACUGUUGGAUCCCAGUCAACCAGUGAAAUACCAUUUAGACAGUCUAGGAGGACGCUAUGGUAUAGGAAGAAUCGUCAGCUACUACGAAGACGAAGACGUGUACGAUAUACAACUUUGGGAUAGAAAAUCGAAGAAGACAAAGUGGAACAAAGCCCUGAGACCAGUCAAAGUAGAAGACGAACCUGCUACUGAACUUGUACAGUCAAAUAGAGUGUUAUGUUCUAUUGAGUUAGACGAUAAGUAUAAGAUUGGACAGAACGCUCAAAAGCAACUUGAAGAUUUACAAUUACUUUGUGUUUGUUAUAAGAACAAGUGUCUUCCUUGUUAGCUAAAUACGUUUAUAUUACCAAACAUAUGUUCUCUUUUUUAAAAAGGAAUGGAAUGUAGUAGGAUUUUAGGGAGGUACAACCUGCGAACAGGUAGAGGGACUGGGGAGAGAGCACAUGGACUCAAUGGCCGCUAGUUUAUAUCAGGAUAAUGUCGUAGAAGAAAAAACAUGUUUGAUUCGUUUAUUGUUCAUGUAUUGUUUAUAUUGUUGUUGAUAUUAGUAAAGUAUAUGUUUAUAUACACUGACUACUACACUACGGCCCUGGAGUCCAUUCACUACUGCUUUCAAUGAAGAUAGCAUCUACAGCAUUUAGAACAUUGAAUAUUCUACGCUCACUCGGGACACUGACAUUCAGAUCUUUAACAUGCUAAUUAAUCUUUACUCACUGCAAUAUUUGUGUGAGAUAUAAUCCUCCAUGAAAGCUUUACUACACUGACUAAAAUGCUUUCUGUCUUAUCUCCCUUGAUCGUCAAAAUAUUUGGUAAUUUCAAGCCCACGCACCAAAAAUAUCUACGUGUGCUUCCCAAAUGAUGUAUCUUUAAAUGAAAAUCAUUCAUUUUAAAAUUGUCAAUAAUAUAUUCAAAAUGCAUUCAGCCAGUCACUCAAAGAAAAUAAUUUCGUUGGAUAGCUUAAAUACCUUCGUAGAUGCAGCCAUUCUCUAAGAUGGUUAAAAUGCCCCUCGUGAUUUUUAUCUAAUUUUCAGCACUCUAUCCCAUACAGCACAAGUGACCAUGCCCUAACCCUUACUUAGUACCACCAAUGAAUGGUUAACCUCCGCAAUAAAGCAUGGAAAGAUAUCCACAAAUUAAAAUAUUUAUUUUGUUUAGUUAUUUUAAUAACGAAUAAAUUUCGACCUUUCUUAUUAAAGUGCAUACGAUAGAAAACUGUUUAUUAUGAACCUAUACAUGAAUGAUCUCUUAAAAUUAUAUUGUAACCUCUUUUAUAGGUCCCUUAUUUCUACGUUUCGUUGUUGAGAUAUUCAUUUUCUUUGAGAGAGUAGUGCAACCAACUUGACAAAUAUAAUAAUGAGAUGUUAGUUUCUGUUAUUUUGAAACGACGUUAUUCAUCUGACUGAUUACUGAAACAAUCAGCAUGAUCAAUGUUGUACGAGAAAUAAACACAUCACUUGCACGCUGCUUGUUUCAGAUGCAUGCAUGGAAUCAUUCUGGUCCCCAGAUCCAUGUUCACUCGGUCUCUCGUUGAUAAUUGUGCUCUGGAUUAGACGACCAAAGGAAGCUAGAGAUCUGAUUGGCAUAUCCGAGAACGACUUAUUUUAUUUUAUUUUUGUAACUUGUUUUAUUUACUUCUAUCAAAAUAUGUCAACACAAAUAAUUCGUUGGUGAUCAUCAACCCCUUGUAGAUGUGAAUAGUGCAAGGAUAUUCACCGAAACGCAAAGCGUUGAGGUAAUAUCCUUUUGGUAAUUUUAUCAUUUUUAUUCGUCAGAAAUAGCUCUAAAAAUACCUCUAUACACUGUUAAACAAAACUUUGUGGUUUUCUUCGUCUUUGGCAAAACCACAACUUCGUUUAGCACAAACAUUUGCUCGUUUAGUACAAAAAUGUGUAACCAGAACGAAACGCGAAGGGUAUCAGAGCUGAGCAACCAAUCAAAUUGCGAGAAAAACACUAUCCAUGCACCUCCCGAGUAUGUGCUAAAAUAUAGAUACUGUAUACCCAAGAAUUUGGAAUUGAAUAUUUACAAUGUUAAGUACAGUAUAACUAUAUAUGCAUGUAUAUGGGAACGAAACGUUAUUACUGAAUGAAAAUCCUUAUUUUUAUCUGUUAAGAUGAUUGGGUAAACUUGGUGAUUAAAAAGGCGUGUAACCCAAGCAGAGCAAAAAGGUUGAAAAAUGAAGACUUUGCUCUUCUUGAAAAAUACAUCAAAGAAUUUUCUGCAUCGUACGUGUAUACUCAUGAAGCAUCGAGCAAGGAUCCUUUAACUGAGAAACUUCGUAAAUCCAUGACGAAGAAUGUUAAGUCGUCAGCUCACCGGAGCCUGUUAAAUCCGGCGAAAAAUAGAGGUGAAUUUCGUAGAAAUGACGGAAAAUUUGUAGAUGACGAUCAGCAAGUUAAGAGUGUUUGA